GAUAUCCGCACUAUGGAAAACGAAAUCGCCUACUCGAAAACGACGUCGUGCUUCAAACCACUCAUGUGCAAAUAUGGAGGCAACGAAGAAGAAGCAAUCCAAUCUGUGACGAUUAGCGGCGGCCAGGGUUUUGAAAUCAAAUCAGAGCAUAACAAAUUGCUUGUAGCGUUUCGGAUCGCGUAAAUAGCAGUAUUGAACCAUGCUUCAUUGGAAGAAUUCAAUCCGAGAAACCUACUAUGAUGUUUUGUCUGUAAAAGAAGAUGCUAGUUAUGUAGAAAUCCGGACAAGCUACCGAUCUGCCAUACUCAAUUAUCAUCCUGAUAAAUUGCAAAAUACACGUCAGGCGUCUGAUCCUGAAGAUGAAUCGGAUGAUAGAUUUAUGAAGGUGCAGAAGGCUUGGGAAAUCCUUGGGAACUCCAUGUCCCGUGCAGUUUAUGAUAGCAAGCUGCGAGCUUUGAGGCAAGACACUGAAGUUUCAGAAGAUAUCAGUUUAGAGGAAAUGAUGGUUGAAGACAACGGAGAAAUCUUUGAGAUGUUUUACCAGUGCCAAUGUGGUGAUUAUUUUUCCAUUGAUUCAUCGGAGUUUGAGAAAAUGGGAUACACGUUAUUGAGGGAUGAGUGCCAUAUAUCAAUCGAGAAACCCGAUGCUUUGCCAGCAUCAGUUGUUCUUCCUUGUGGUUCUUGUUCACUACAAGUUCGUCUUUUGAUUAAUGCAGACAUUAAGGUACCGAUCGGUGAUAAUUUGUAAUGUGUCUCGCAGUAGAUAUUCUUUGGCCGGUGGUUCUUCCCGUAGUCUGAUUUUGCAUUGAUUGUAGCAAGAAACACGGGAAGAUUCAAAUCAGCUCGAUGAUAUUCCUCCAUUUUUGUUCCCUUGUAAGCUAAAUGCCCGAGAAGGAAAGAAUGUGCAAGUGACGAAGUGGACAUUUACAGACAGGAACUUGGUCAUGUUUGUUAACUGAGAAUUUAAAGUGGAUGUUCUGCAGCAUGCUAACGUCACCUCCUGAUACCACUGAGUAAGGGUGAAAAUUGAGAAGGAACUAAUUUACGAGAAGUGUUCAGAAAUAGAGUAAUGCUUCGUUUUUUUAAAAAAAAAAAUUGAAGUCAAGAAAAAGAAAAUCUGGAUGUGAUAUUUUUCUAUCUAGAAAAUUGAAAAAAUAGUAUUUUAGUUUCUAAAAUUUGUAUUGAGUUUAAAAAAAUAUUUGAGAGUUUUUCUAUAAGUUUUUCAACAGUAUAGUUUUGUUAUCUACAAGUAAUUUUUAGCUAGAUGAAAGAAUAAAAUUAUUUUUUUGUAUCUUCAUAUUUAGUUAAUGUCACAAAUUUAAUUUUUGCCAUGAAUUGAAAAUAUAUAUUUUUCUUAUUUAACAAAAUGAAUUUUUCUUAAUUUAAAUAAAAUAAAAUAAAUAUUCUAUAAUUAGAUCAUCACCAAUAUAAAAUAUUUAAGAUAACUAUCAUAAAUUAUGGUUUUGAUUUUUUUAUAAAAAAAGGUUUUAAUCUUGAUGAAUUUCUUGUUUUUUCGAUGAAAAAAUUGUCUCCGUUCUCAACAAAUAAACAAAUUUUCAUUUUUUAUUAAAAAAAAUAAGAAUAGAAAAAAACGGUAUCACUAAAUACACCCUAAAAAACUCCUCCGGAGCAGGGAAGUAAAAUUUUAAAUCAAAACCGAGACAGGACGAGCACCCUCUUUGGAUGCUGGCCUUGUGGGCUGUGCUCCGCUGUAGGAAGAACAAGGCCUUUUGGGUUGCAAUCAAAGAAGGCAAUCCAUCAAGAAACUCCAAUGAAAUUACGGAAACAUAAAGCCGGCAAGCAAUGAAAAUUCACAGAUUGAUUUGAUCCAAAAUCCAUUCGAUGGGUUCCGGAGAAGGGAGAACUCACUGGAGCGUUUUUGAGGGAGUGAGAAGCAUGGCCUCAUCAACCCCAGAAACUCUCAUGGCUGAAAUCGACACUGCUAUCGGCAAAUUGGAAUACAGCCGUGCCACUGCACUUCUCGACUCUCCACCACCAACACCCACCAACACAUCAAGAACUAGCAUGAGCUCCGAUUCAGGUGCAAAUCCUCAAUACGAUGUCAAAAUGGCAGAUGGGGCUUACAGGGCAGGCUGUGCAUCCUUGGCUGCAGGGAAACUUGAUGAGGCUCUUCAAUAUUUGAACGUCUCUCUCUCGAAAUGUCCUCCUGAUAAAACCUCUGCUGUUGCCAAGCUUCAGUCUCUUAUUUCUCUUACUUCACAGCAACUCCAGAAAUUGCCCACUUGACUCUUUCAUUUUUGUUGGCUGUCUGAAUGCUUUCCCAACUUCUCGUGCAAUUAUUUGCCUAAUCUACUUGUUGAUGUGGGAACAAGAGGUAGAGAACAGAGGAAAUGGGAGUUGCAGCGAGCCAUUAACGUUUCCAAUAGUUGAGUGUGAUCUUUAUCAAUGCAGUGUGUGACAUGUUCUUCUCACUUGCUCUUAGCUUAUUAGUGGUUUUGACGUCAGGAUCAGGCAUUGAAUUAGCUUUGGAAUUGUUCUGUAUAUGGAACUUAAAUGAAAUGAUGGAUCCAUUUAGCUGUAUAGUUUUGUAUCGUGAUCAUGAGUCUAUAUUAUUUAAUAUUUGUUGUGAUGUA